AUGCAGAGCUGUGACCACUGGGUGGCAGCAGUGCUUCAGCUGCAGGGCGCUGCUCCCCAGGCUGAGGUGCGGCAGGCCCUGGACAGCAUUCCCCCUCAGGCUGCUGUCAGGGGUGAGGAACAGGGGGACAGCAGGUGUAAGAGGCGGGUGUGGCCAAAGGAAGGCAGAUGGCAGCAUGGACUCCAGACGGGCAGCAGUGCUGCUGCUGUUAGUAAGAGACGACCAGGGGGCCGGGAUGAAGGAGACCAGAGCUUCACGGAGGAAGACAGUGGAGCCCGCCCACCGCAGGAUGCCCAGACCCCCGGGGCACUCUUGCGCUCCCUGCUCCAGGCCAUGCAGAGACCCAGCCGGAGUCCAGCCUUCCUGUUUCAGCCCCAGAGGUCUGGCAGAAACACCCAGGGCUCCUGGAGCAACGAAGGGCUGAGCUCCCCAUUCUGGAGCCUGACUGCCCCUCGGCGCUUUGGGAAGAAGUGACAUGCCAUCCUCUGAUGUUUGCGUGCAAGGCCCACACCCAAAAGUGCCAUGU